CUCUGUUUCCCAUCCCAGGCCACAUAAUCCAAAAAAUGGCCUUACAUUUCAACCAGAUAAGAAUCGCGUGCACACGCGCCUAACACUCCGGUGACGAGUGAGAGUGUCCUUUACUCCUUUUUGGCGGCAUCAUUUCACGUCUCAUUUUCAUUUCAUUACGAUCACUUCAAAAACAACUUUCGCUUGCUGUCUAUUUAAACUCCUCCUCUUCCAUCCUUUCACUUCUACCUCUUUCACCUUCUUCACGGUUCCUCUUCCUCUCUUCUUCUCUGUUAGAAACCCUAGCAAACACUGUAUUUCGCUCUCGUUUUUCUGCCUCGUUCCGUGAUCACUGACUCUGCCAUGGCUGGUCCUGUUUCCUCGCUCGGCUACGUCAAUACGGAAAGGAAAUUCCUUAAGCAUAUCCGUGACAACGUUCACGGCAACAUUUUGCUGGAGCCGAUAUUCUUGAGCUUUAUGGACACGGAACAAUUUCAAAGACUUCGUGAUUUGAAACAACUUGGCCUAAGUUAUAUGGUUUACCCUGGAGCCGUCCAUUCUCGCUUUGAGCAUUCACUGGGUGUUUAUUGGCUGGCUGGAAAAGCUAUUGAUGCCAUUAAAAAAUACCAAGGCCAAGAGCUUGGUAUUGAACAUACUGAUGUAUUGACAGUAAAACUUGCAGGAUUGCUACAUGAUGUUGGUCAUGGUCCAUUCAGCCACACUUUUGAGCGUGGAUUCCUUCCGCUUGUUCUUCAGGGCUCCACUUGGUCACACGAGGAAAUGUCUGUGAAGAUGAUAGAUCACAUUGUUGAUCAACACAAAAUUGAUCUGGAUUCUGAACUCCUAAAGAAAGUGAAGGAAAUGAUCACUUCUAGCCCAGGCCAUUCUUCACAAAGAGAAAAGCGGUUCUUGUAUGAUAUUGUUGCAAAUGGUCGCAAUGGAAUUGAUGUUGACAAGUUUGACUACAUUGUUCGUGAUUCCCGGGCUUGUGGCCUAGGGUGCAACUUUCAGCAUGAGAGGUGUUUAUUUUUAUAUUCUAGAUUGAUGGAGACCAUGCAUGUUGUGGAUGAUGAAAUUUGUUACCGUGCUAAUGAUUAUCUAACUGUUCACAAGUUAUUUGCAACUCGGGCAGAUCUUCAUCAAACAGUCUAUACACAUGCAAAAGUAAAAGCAAUAGAAUUGAUGGUCAUAGAUGCACUGGUCAAAGCAAAUCCGUUUCUUCAAAUUACAUCCUUAAUUCAUCAACCAUCUGAAUUUUGGAAGUUAGAUGAUUCAAUUCUUAAAACGAUUGAAUCUUCUUCUCAACAAGAGCUGAAGGAAUCCAGGGACUUGAUCCAACGCAUUCGAAGAAGGGAUCUAUACCAGUACUGCAAUGAAUUUUCUGUUCCCAAGGAAAGACUGGACCACUUCAGAAGUAUCACACCCCAAGAUAUCGUUUGUUCCCAGACUAAUGGUGCCAAUCUGAAAGAAGAGGAUGUUGUUGUGAGCUAUGUUAAAAUUGAUUUAACAAGAGGAAGGGCAAAUCCUCUUGGAAGUGUUAAUUUUUUCAAGGAGUACGGUAGUAAAGAAAAAUUCCGCAUCCCAAACGAUUGCAUCAGUCAUCUGUUACCAGCAUAUUGCGAAGAUGUGAUAGUGAGAGUAUACAGUAGGGAACGUGAGCAGGUGGAAGCUGUUUCUAAUGCUUUUGAAAAUUAUCAGCUUAAGACAUUUGGAAGGAAAAAACAAGUGCACGAUACUCCUGAGAAAAAGAAACGUCCAAAGUACUUUCCAAGCUUGUAAGUAUCUACUACUCAACAAUCUUCAUCUUAAGCCACGAGCGGGUCUAGUGUCUGGACCCAAUAGCAAAUAUUAGUUGAUAUCUUGCGUUCGACGCUGGUUGUGUGGAGCCUCUUCAUUUCCAUGGAAACUUUUCCACAUAUACAAAAAUACAGUGUUUUUGUACUUGAAGUGUUGACGAAUGUGUCUACCAGGUUCUGCUCGAACAAAAUUUCAAUAUAUUGAGAAAAGGCCUAGAACGAGUAGAUUGUUUAGUUAUUAAUUUUGAUGGCAAGAAUAUGAAAUGAAUGAGUCGUGAUGGUAACCUGAAAACAAGGGAAAUGAAUGAUCUUGAAUUCUCGAUACUUAAAUGUCUUAUCGACUAGUGGACUAGUGGUUAUAA